AUGAAUCGUCUCCCCUCUGUUUCUAGCCUUAUGUCACCCCCCGAGACUAAACCACUCGAGACUUUUUCGGUCUCGCAUUCUCCGUUUGCAAAGCCUCGAGAUUCCUCCAUUGGUGACAUAAAGCUUCCACCCAUCUCAGCUGAUCGAAAGCGGACGCAGUCAGAGAUGGAUCUUCCAUCGCCACCCGUGACCCCGUACACAGGGAACAAGAAAUCCAAGUCACAGGCAUCCGACCAUGUCGAAAGAGACGGAUCAUCUAGGGAUCCCGUUCUCUUUCCUCGCCAGGACUCUAUUACUGAUGUUACUACCGAUGAACCGCUUUUCGGUCCCGUCAAUCCAUCCGCAGAGGCUCUCAUGGAGCAACACAUUAACUCUCAUAUGGCGAGGUUUGCAAACAAAGUGAAUAAACCCACCCGGGGUGAAUAUCUCCUGGCGCUCUCUUGUGUCCCUAUUGUCUCGACCCAGUAUAACCGCAACCCGGCCGCCUGGGCCCGCGAGGAACGAGAGACACUGGAGCGUCAGUUGGUUAUGAUGAACCGCUACCGCCCAGACUUCGAACCCAAGUUGAAGAAGAUUGCUCCUGCCCCAAAGAAGUUGGGAACUCAGCCCCGUGUGCAGCGGACCCGAGUCAAGCGCACCCCCAAAUCUACCCCCAAGCAACAGGUGCUCGACACUUUUGACUCCCCCCCAAUGUCGGUCUCCAAGCCACGUGCCCUGGGUACAAACAGGGAUGACACUGAUUUCCAUUCCCUCCCGGACUUCUCACCUCCGCUGGAGACGCUAGGCAGCAAUGCCAAAGCGUUGAAAGCCGAUUGGAAAGGGCAGAUGUUGGAUCUGAGCAAUGACCCGGACAGACAUCUUCUCAGUCCCGCCGAGCUCAACCUUGCUUCCACCCUUAGACUGUCUUGUGCCACAUACCUCUGCAGCAAACGCCGCAUCUUUGAUGCUCGGCUCCGAGCCCUCAGUGUUGGCAAAGAGUUCCGCAAGACAGAUGCUCAGCAGGCUUGCAAGAUCGAUGUCAACAAAGCAAGCAAGCUUUGGACUGCCUACGAACGUGUGGGCUGGUUCAAGCCUGAAUUCUUUCAUGAACAUUUGAAUUGA